AUGAAUUUCGCCACUAUAAUUCCAAUUCCCAAACACGGAAGUUUGCAAUGGCCGCGAGCUUCUGACUUGAUGCUGAGACAGGACGAGGUUGCUGUAUAUGACAGUAAACACAGCCUACAUGUGAACAUUCAAAACCACCGCGGAACGCAGACAUGGAAGAACGUCGAUGCAUCUAGAUACAUUCCGCUUCCCAACACUCAUAAAUACACUUCUGUUAUGGCCCUUCAAAUGGCUGCGAGCCGUUGCCGAUCGGCAAUGAUCGAGUUGAUCCGCAUCCAUAAUGAGCGCGCUAAGGCUCACAACAGAGAACUUCAAGCCUCACAACAAAAUGCCGACGGUGACGAUGACGAUGAUGCCGAGAAAAACAAGGAGGAAGAGGAAGAGGUCGCAUUGAAAGCAGAAUUGACAAGCAUAUUUGCUGCUGUCAGGGCAACGCUUGCAAGAGAAGCUGUCAGUCCAGAGAACCAUGCAUACAUAGUACCAUCUAUAACUAACGUUCUCUAG